CUCGCAAACCCCCACAUUGCGUGUGUGUCGUGAACAUUUUGGAGCCUCUGGAAAGGGAAAGAAGAAUAAAUAAAGUGGGUCUCUGUGUGCUGACAGGAUGGGACUGAGGGAGGGGACGUCGCGCGUGAGAGAUGUCUGAUUUUGGGGCCAGUGUGCCGGCGUUUUUUUUCAAAUCCGUGCCCCGUGAAAUUUUGUCGAAUAACGGGAGAGCUGCUCAUUUGCUGCCGGUAUGUGAGCGACUUCACAGACUGAAGGUAAUAAAAAAACCCGGCUCGGUGUUUGCUCCUGCUUUCUGUUUCCUCUCUCUCUCUUUAUCCCUUUGCAUCAAUUUGAUGCUGCGUGAGGCUGCUGGGCGAUGAUGCAUCAGUGGGCUCUGACUGUGUGAAUACGCAUCAUAGCAAGUCUAUUUCCCAUUGCUCGGAUUGGAUUCCUCGGAAAUGUAAAUUCGAGCAGUUUUUUUAUUUUUUUUGCUGACCCACCUUGCGACAAAAAAACAAAUUAUGACUUAUUUCGACGCGAGGUGCGAGGAUGCCUGUAGCUGUGGUUGUGUCAUUGCUGCGGCACACUCCGGAGCUCCUCGGCUCAAGACACACAACCUCAGUUGAAGAGAAGACAGAGAUCCAUCAAGUGUUUUACCAGCCAACAUAAGCUAUAGGAGUGCGUGCAUGUAUGUGCGAGGAGGCCGUGUUGCUGACACUCUCGAGGGAGGCUUCACGCAGGUUUUUUAGGGGGUUCCCAAGAACUGCCACAUCCCCAAAUCCGUCUGAGCACUGCUGUGAGCUUACAAGCCGCCUGAUGGUUUUUGGAAAGCAGCCCUGAUGCAUCUUAUGAGUGUGAAAACUCAAAGAGCCCUUUUGCCAGGUUUGCAUCCCCAGACAGGAGACAGUGCAGAUGGUAACUCUGUGUGUGUCAUGUUAGAGGCUGGACUCUUGCCUGCACCCUCCAACUCUCAGCCGAAAUCUCUGCCCUGCCCUGUCUGAGCCCUUUUUGUAUGAGUGUCAGUGCUUCGCCACAACAAUCAGCACCAACAGUGUGUGUUACUACCCCCGCCCUCUUCCCUAAAUCAAAAUAAAGAGCCCCCGGAAACCUGGGUCAGGAUGCAGGUGUCUUUCGCGUGCACUGAGCACAACCUCAAGAGUCGCAGUGAGGACCGGCUCUGUGGCCUUCGCACUGCUCCACCUCCUGGAGGAAGCAGUGGAGGAGGCGGUGGAGGUGGAGGUGGAGGAGGUAGUGGACAAGGGAGUAAUGGCAAUUACAUGUCUCAAGGCACGGUCAAGACCAGGGAGGGUCCCGGGUCGCGCCAGGCUCCACACGGCCAUGCCCACAUGAAGGAGGCCAUCGGGCGCCACACCAGCAUGAAGUACAGGAACCUGGGGAAGUCAGGCCUUCGUGUUUCUUGCCUCGGGUUAGGCACCUGGGUGACGUUUGGAUCUCAGAUCUCGGAUGAGAUGGCCGAGAACCUGAUGACCAUGGCCUAUGAGAACGGAGUGAAUUUGUUUGACACGGCAGAGGUGUACGCCUCAGGAAGAGCGGAGAUCACUCUAGGGAUUAUUAUCAAGAAGAAAGGAUGGAGGCGUUCAAGUUUCGUCAUCACAACAAAGAUCUAUUGGGGAGGCCAAGCAGAGACAGAGAGAGGACUCUCAAGAAAGCACAUUAUUGAAGGUUUGAGAGGAUCCUUAUCAAGACUGCAGCUAGAAUACGUGGACAUCGUUUUUGCCAACAGAAACGAUGUGAACAGUCCGAUGGAGGAGAUAGUACGGGCCAUGACGUUCGUAAUAAACCAGGGUAUGGCCAUGUACUGGGGAACCUCACGCUGGAGUGCCAUGGAAAUCAUGGAGGCUUACUCAGUGGCACGCCAGUUCAACUUGAUACCGCCUGUGUGUGAGCAGGCGGAGUAUCACUACUUCCAGAGGGAUAAGGUGGAGGUGCAGCUUCCUGAGCUCUACCACAAGAUCGGUGUUGGAGCCAUGACCUGGUCUCCCCUAGCUUGUGGAUUAAUCACAGGGAAGUACAGCGAUGGUGUGCCCGAGUGCUCCAGAGCAGCAAUGAAGGGAUACCAGUGGCUGAAGGAGCGAGUGAACAGCGAGGAGGGCCGCAGGCAGCUCGCUAAAAUCAAGGAGCUCCAUCUACUGGCCGACAGACUGGGCUGCACCGCGGCUCAGUUAGCCAUCGCUUGGUGUCUGCGCAGUGAGGGAGUCAGCUCAGUUCUUCUGGGUGUUUCUAAUACAGACCAACUACUUGAGAACCUGGGUGCACUACGGAUCCUAUCCCAAAUGACCCCACAAACCAUCGCUGAGAUUGAUGGCCUGCUGGGAAACAAGCCACACUCAAAGAAGGAGUUGCGCGCUUGAAGACGCAAAACUGAGUGACAGUUUAUGUUUUUUCGAAAAGAUGAAGAAGACAAUGACAUUGGGAAACAUCCAUUUUUGCUCUGCUGUAUACUCAACAACUUGCAUGUCCUCAGCAACAUUAUGCUUCCAGUAUGUGCGCAUAUCCAUUUUGCGCAGUACAUUGUAUCAUGUAUACAAAAAAAUAAGAUCUCUCAAUUGUGAAAAAAACAGGUCAUAUAUUGCUCACUGCCGUUCAAGACUGAUUAUUUUUACAGAGGUCCAUCCACAGAGACAACGAAAGGCUCAAAGAUUUGAAUCAAAUGUUCUUAAAUAGAAAAAAACACCUAUGUGCUGAGAUGCAACUUUAAAGCGUGAAUGGUGCUUUCAUUAGACAUGUGAGUCUCCUCCCCUCGCAGCUGCCUGUUAAUCUGUAUGUUUAUUACCCAGCAUUCAGAGAGCCAAAGGUUAGUACUCAUGUGUCUAGCCUGACGUUUCCCAUAGUGUGCAUGUGACUGGUCUGCCACGCUCACUGCUUCACAGGGUUGGGAACAAGGGAUUACUUGUCAAGAAAAAAAAACAGAAACAGAUCACAUGCUUUUUCAAAAUCUGGAAAGUGAUGUAUUACUUUGAAAUGACCAAAUAUUUGUUACGCAUUCUGCAAUGAUUUUAGCAACCAGCUAAAAUGAAUAGAUUGCACUGCAACGAUAACUGAUUUUUGGAUUGGAGUGUUGGUUAAUACAAUCUAAAAUUGUCAGUAGUGAAUGAGAUUUUGAAAGUAACUUUCCCAACCCUGAUGCUUUCUCAGCAGUCUUUUUGCCUCUUCUGUUUGUAAACUGUGCGCAUGUCCCUUUAAGAGAGAAUAGCCCUAACACAGGGUGUAAAUGUGGCAUGGCUUUUAUGGCUUAUGUAGAUCUGCAGUGCCCUUAAGCCAUUUUUUUUACUCUAAAUGUUCUGGCAGUUUGAUCCAGGAUCUGUGUUGACGGGCACUCUUGCUUUAAAGACUCUCUUCAGUCUGCAGACACGGACGGGUGUCCACGUAUAAUCUUUGUAUUGUCUUCAACUGUAUCAAAAACAUGUUGGCAUCACUUCCAACAAUGCCGUUCUUGUGAAGAGCAUCCUUGUUCCAAAAUCAGAGGUUUGAGGCAGUUGGACUUUUCGGGAAGGUCACUGAGCAUCUGACGCAAAGAUUUGGACACACUGUGUUAAAAUAGUAGUUUUCAAAUGAUAGGACAUAUGAAAAGGCUGAGUUUAUCACAUGUGAUAAUACUAUUGCCACAGUUCACUUGGGGUAAGAUUUAGCAAAUGUAACUUUUUUUUUUUUGUGGAAGCCUAAAAAUAUAGCUUCUCUGGGAGUUUUCUGUCUCUGUUUAUAAUUUGUUCCCUUGAGUCUUGCUCCCAUGCACAACUGGUUUUUCUAAUGUGCAUUUGAUGUCCUUUCCUUUUAGUUUUGUAUUUAAUUCAAUUAUUUGUAAUGUGAAGGAGGCGGAUUUGUUCCUUUUGUGAUUCUCCCAUGAAAGCAGCACUAAUCUCCAGAUCGGGGUGCGUGUGUUUUGAUACAUGAAGUUGUUUCAGUUGGUACAAGGUGACAUUGUACUGUAAAUAGGCUUAUCUGUUUGAGAUGGCGAGAUAAAGGUUAAAUAUAUGAAUCAUGGAAGACUCUUCUGAAGGAGCGGCUGAAGCGUUGCUCCUCUGUGACUGUGAUGAUGGACCGGGUGUAGCUUCCAGUGUACAUAGAUACUUCAAUCAAACCUUGAAAAUGUAACUCUGCCUGAAUGACUUAUAUUUUGUCUUGCAACAAAGAGAAAAACAAA